ACACUGCACAUACUCUCGCAGAUCUAGAACCUGAUUUUACCCGUGUGCUGGAAGUUGCUCCCUCGGGACCCGAGAGAAACCGUGGGGUACAGCUAGUAUAAUAAUAUUCUUUGUUACAGAUAAUGAAAUGCGCAAGACUCCAUCUUCAACAGAGAGUGAAGGGCAAGUCGAAGAAUGAGAGCCCUCUGGUUGAAAAGCCUCGCAGAUACUGCCAGAGGAAACUGGUGAAUCCCCAACAUGAGGAAGAUCCAAGAUGGGUUGAUAUUUUUGAAAGAUUCCACUGCAACAUGCGCGGAGACCGACUAACCGAUGUCAACGACAGCGUGAGAGCCCAAGAUUCAGAUGACAUGGUCCUCACAGUACAAACCCUCAAGUUCCAAGGUGAUGUCGACCAAACCACGCGACCACGAACCAGCUUCAAAUAUAAGAAGAACACAGACGUGAACAAACAUAGAAUGUUCGUCAAACAAGCGGUCAGCGAGAACGAACUGACUGAUGAUGAUAGAUCCUCACAGCUAACGUACUAUUACUUUGACGAAUACUUGAAAUAUCUAUAUAACACGGACAGGUCCAGACCCACAUCUGCAAAAUCCAGCAUAUUCUUAAAAGGCUACAGCAAAGAAAGAGAGAACAAAGCAACACAAGUCGAAAUCAUAGACGACUCAAAAAAACACCGUAAGGAACCUAAAAUUAAAACAAAUCCAAAAAAAUCACCCAAACUACAGAUGAAAGAAGAAAUUAGAGACGUCCCUGAAACUAUAGAAAACACGAAAAUUACUUAUCAAAAAACGGGGAAAAGAAAAAGUCUCACGAUAUCGCGGGCUCAAAGCCCUGAGACGGUCCAAGUAAUUAGAGUCGAUGUUGUUUGUAAUUACUCGAACUCCACAUCAGAUUAUGACGAUAAUAAAAAGGCCGAAUGUUCAACCGACAGAUCGGAAAAGUUCAGAGAAGAUUCAGUUUUGAAAAACAGUUAUUUUGCUAACAAGUACAGUAAUCAUUUUGCGACUAAAUACCUUUUGACGAAUACUGUGAAGUCGUUGGAUGAGAAUCUAUCGGGCGGAUCUAAGGUGACAUUGCUUUGCAAAACUUUUAAGCUAUCGGAUCGUAAUGUUACUGAGAAGCCGGAACAAACUCGAAAGUUUACGAGAAAAAAUAAGAAGAACAACAAAAUUAGGAGCAAUAAAAUUAAACAUCAUGAAGUGGUUUACUAAGAUUUUUAAGAAUUAUCUCGAAUUUUUAAACCUUAUUUUAUUUAGAUAGGUAAAGCGAACAACAUUUUUCAAUUUCUUCCUUCGUAAGUGUUUAAGAUUCAUGAUAACAUUCUUAGUCCUCCUCCGAAAGAGGACUAGUUUAGACUUUCUUAGUAUUUAAUGUGCAAUUGAUAAUAAAUUCGAAUUCUUAUAUAACAUAAGUGACAAUCAUUACUUCACUUACAAGGCUCUAUAACUUAUUUCGAUCCCGAGCUGCAAAACUAAUUUUGGUGAACAGUAGCGCCAUCUAGUAUUGUUUUAAGAACUUUUCAGCACUGGAUUAUUCAAGACAAGAUUUAUGAUGCAUGCUACUUAUUAGGUAGAAAAGAUUUCCUGUAAUAUUUUUAAAAUUCAUUUAUGUACAAAUAUAAAGAGAAAUGACAAGGAAUGCGUGUAUUUGGACACCCGAACUACAUCUUCGACUUGCGUUACAAUAUUUUCCUCGAACAAAGAUCUGAAAUAGGUGAUUUUAGAUAGUAUAGGUAUAUCAACAGAUUAAGCGUACCAUAGGAUAUUUGAGAAAGUAGUGGCAAAAGGACGGGAGAGGCAGAUUAACGAUUAACUGAAAAAUAUUACAUAUACUAUUUACACAAAAAUAUUACUAUACAUAUAACCAUGAAGAACAUACUACAGGUUAGAAAACUCUGUCUUUGCGAUUGUAACGCUUAAGAACAGA